AUGGACGGCAAACGAUCUUGGACUUGUACUCUCGUCACCCAGCUAUGCCUCUGCGUUGCUCUGUACCUCGCAUUGAACAUCGGCGAGCCCCAGCAGCAGCAGCCAUGGCAGCGUCUUCCUCGUCGUCCUGGUGAUGUCGUCGUCUUUGUAACGAUUGAGGAUGUAGUGAGGAUUUACGGAGCUCGGUUUGUGGUGAAUUUCAGUGAGCUUGGGGAGGAAGAUCCCCUGACCCGCAAGUCAGCUCUUCAAAUCAUCCAGCAUUCCCUGGUACAGCUUGUUUCUUGGGCUGAUUGUUGCACUCUUACACUUUGGAGACUGCUGAUGAAGUUUGUGAUUGAUUUGCUUAUGCAGGAUCUACUGCUUACCGAGUCGAUGAAUGGCUCGGGUGACGGUCAGAAUUGGCUGGGAAGUACACUUGAAGCUGCUAAUGGUAGUAUCUGUGGAAUGGCCGAUGGGUUCCUUCUCCACAGAGUAACCUCUCUUGAAAUGAUUACAUAUUCCAUUAGUUCAGAAGGGAAGGUCCUGAGCAGAUUUGUGACCCAACAGAAGGGCAAGGCUGCCAUCUGACCUCUUACAAUCUAAUUCAGAAAGCCAAAAAAUUUUCCUUCUGGAGGUCGCGAUUAAGGUAGACACUUCACAACAUAUAAACUAGAUCUUCCUGUACCUAUCCGACUCCAAACCAACAGAGUCGAGGUUUCCGAUUUUUCACAAUAUUAUACUCAUUAGGCAAUCUUCAUUAUGUAACUUGGUACGUGUUUAACUAAAGCAGAAUUGAUGCCACAUUGGGCUAGAUAGCUAUUCAUUACUACCACAACUUAGUUGGCAAUUUCUGCUAAAAGUUAUAGUAUAGUGACCACUUAUUACAAACAUUAUAAUUCAGUGACCAUUUACAGAUUUAUCCCACACAGCGGUGAAAGGGCAAAAUAGGAAGAAUCCUCCCCGCUAUAAAAGCCACAGAGCCCAGCCAUCAGGCUACAGCCAUGGACUGAACUCCGGGUACUCGCUUUGAAGAGAGAGCAAAGAACGAUGGCUUCGGCUUCGAGAGAGAUUCUCUCUCCCCCGCCGGAGCCGAUGACUUCUCCGGCCGCUGAUUACUCUGUGUUUGUGAGUUUGGUUACUGGAAUCACAGCUCUGGUUCCUCCUUUCUUCCUUCCCCUUUUGUUUCGUUCUGCCUAUCGCUUCUGCUCUGCUCUCUCGCUCUCUCUCUCUCUCUAAACACGAGGCAAUGACGAUGACAUUUGAUCGAUUUUCUCUCUUCCGCGAGCUCCCGGCUCGGUAGCGGCGGAGCCGCCGAUUCCACGGCGGGGAGACGCCGGACGGCUGGAUUCACGGGACAUCGGAUUCCCUCCGGCAACCGGUUGUCGCAGCCAUGGACGGCGGAGCUUCCGGCUCCCGAUCGCAAUUCUAAAUCUGAGCCUCCGUCUCCGACAAACUAACCCUCCGUCUCCGUACACGUGGACGGUGCUCGACCGCCUCUAAUGUUCGUAAUGGGCUGCGAAAGAACGUGGGCUAAUUUCGUGUUGCUAUAAACUAAGUCACUGGCCCAAUCGGAGCCCAAUAAGGAACUGCCGACAGCGGCCAGUGGCUUAUAUAAACACAGAGAGCUGCCUCGAGAGGCAAUCACUCACUAGUUUAAGUAUGAGGCUUUGCUCUCAGUGGAGAGAGACAGAAUCGUCGCCGGAAAAUCGACAGUUUCUCCCUCUGGUCGCCAGCGAAGCCAGUGAUUACUCGCCGCCGAUGCGCGGAUCUGCCGCCACAUCGUCCGAAAGUACCUAGGGUUAAUUGCAAGUUUGGUCACUGAGAUUAUAUACAUAAAACAAAACAUAUAUAUAUGGUUUCCUUUGCUUCAUCGACCUUCACUCUUCCUCUCGCUCUCUCUCACAUUCGCCUGAGGCUAUGACGAAUGAUUCUAUCAGACUUCCCGGAGACGGAGAUAGCAAUGGCUGGAUAUCAGUUACCUGGCAUGGCGACAUCUUGGAGAGAGAGUGUUGGAACACCUUUUUUAGGGUUUCUCCGCCUCCUUUAAUUUGUCUGCAGCCAAUGGCAGCUGGUGAUUCUUGCUUCUCUGUUUUCGUGGCUUGCUUCUUAGUGUCUGAUUAAAGGCGAAUCUGAGCCUCUUAGUUUGUAAUUUCUCUCUUUUGCGAUGAUUUUCUAAUGAGCUGCGUCGAAGAUUUGAUAGUGUUGAAAUGUUUGCAUGAAAUGGAUUUUGAGUCUAGAACCAUAUGUAGGGUUCUUAGAAUGUGAAGAUUGUGGAGACGGUGUAAUAGUGUGAAAGAGAUCUAGAUCAUAGCUUGAAAUGUGAAAAAUUGCAAUCUGUACAAGAUGGUAUCACGAUUGCUAAUGCUAGACGUCUGUUAGAAGUUCUGGAUGGAGUUAGAUGUGGAAGAAACCGUUGAGUGAGAGCUUAGCAAAGCCAUAGCAGCGGAUUGUGAUAAAUUGCAAUCUGUACAGAUGUAAAGUUGGAAUCACGACUGCUAAUAUGCUAGACGUCUGUUAGAACUUCUGGCUGGAGUUAGAUGUGGAAUAAGCCGUUGAGUAAGCUUAGCAACGCCAUAGCUGCAAUUGAGAGGCCGGAAUGGGCACAGGCAGAUGAACCCGGAGGAGGAGCUCCGUCUUGAACUUUGAUCGCUGGAGGUAAUGGUGGGUCGGCGAUGUCUUUAACAGCUAGAGCUGGUUUCGGAGGACUCAGGUUUUCCGAGUACUUGGUUAGAUUGAGCAUUUGGCCCGGGUUGAUUGGUAAGAUGGCGUACAUGAGAUCUGGGUCGUUAAGAUUCGAGCAUGGGUUCUCUGCAAUAAGGAAACAAUAAGGGGAAAUUCAGAUUUUUAUGAUCUUUGGAGGGAUGAAAGAAGGCUGCACGCAUGAAUGAAUGCUUACUCAGAUAUUUGUUUGCAGUUCCUGGAUAUUCCGUAAUGGUACCAUUGACUUGGACCAGCUGUGUGUAAGUGGCGAUCUCGAACAUGGCAUCCGAGUUGUAAUCGAAUGCAAGCGAGAGAUAUUCGUUGUUCAGAGUUGUAACGAACACAGACAAGUUUGCAGCUUGCAGUGCCAGAACAGAGUUGGUUUCCUUCCUCGUGAAGCCAUGGCUUGUUGGGAUUAUAGAGAAUCUAGUCAACGUGACUGCAUCUGCAUACUUUUUGAUUUCGUCUACUGUAGCCUUUGGUAUGUCGCUUACUUCUUCCUUGACAGCCAGUACCCUUUUGUACCCGAGAUUGCUGAAUUUGGCCAACACCGAUGUAUCGUCUGAUUGUAUUAAGACUUGUUGAGUGGUCUGUUUGUCAAAUGAGGCUUUAUGUAAGGCUGUGCUCACUGUCGUAACAACGUCGUGGCCUUCUUUCGAUGCUAGGUAUGCAGCAUUCUCUAUGUUGAUCAGAAUGCCCGGAACAGAUUUUGCCUUUGCAAAUUGCAGGAAUUGAUCGAGGGUCAUAAAUUUUCCCUCGUUCUUUACCGCUGGAUUUCUCUUAAGAUCACUGGUUUUCUCAAAAGGGGAUGAUAAUUGAGCUGAAAAAUAAAAACAUCCAUUGUGAGAAGGACAUGAUGAAGGAAGAUUGAAGCAUCAGGAAAACGUGGUGAAACCAUUGAAGAAAGUUGCUUAUACGUUGUAAGCUUUGAAUGUCACUCCAUUCCAGGUCAAAAGAAAAUAUUCCAUCAUCCUUUUGAAUUUCAGGGAUGGUGGUGGCCCGAUCAGGGAAAAUGGCUGCUGCAGUAGUAUCUACACUGAGGUCAGCAGUCGCCAUACAGAAAGCAACUCCAUCUUUACUCAUUUGAACGCUGCAAUCAAUUAUGUCGGCCUCAUCAUCUACUGCUUUCUGGUAAGCGAGAUCAGUGCUCCCUGCAUAAAUUCCACUUGCUCCCCCGUUGGUUAUAACCAAAGGUUGUCCCUCUCUGCGGCUUUCGGAGUUGUUGUACUUGGCAAAACAUUCUGUUCCACGAAAAGUUAUAAAGUUAAUAUAAAGACACAGAGAAGGCUUAACCAUCUAUUUUGUAUGUUCAAUAAACUGAUUUAGGUAAUUUUCUGAUGUGAUAACACUGCUUUAGUGCAAUUUUCAGUAAGGAGAAGUGAUCUUUACCAACGGCGUUCAUUGCAGUUGGAGGGAAAUCGGUAAUGAAACCAUCGACUGAGAAGCCCUUACUGGUGAAUUGCAGAAAGCUUCAGAGCACUAGGAAAAACAGAAGCAAAAACUGGAAACGUACCUCAACAUGGAUCCACCGUGGAGCAGCGAUGCUUGCACGAAAAUCAUCAAAUGUUGGAAUCGGAUCGAUAUCGAAGGCAUCUGGACGGCUCAAUACGCUCUGCGUUGCUGUUACGGUUUUUGAAGAACACAGAAAGAAAAUGCUGAAUGGCCUUCUGACUGACCUAUCACGUUAUUGAGUUGGUUCAUGGCGUAAUCCACGCUGAAAUAGCCAGUGACAUCUUUUCCAUUUACCUUGUACGUUUUAGUUUUGUUGGGGUACUCUACCGCUAUGCUGGUUCCUUCACUGAGGUCGAGAUUUGCCACGCAGAUUCCGACCUUGUCCAUUGUUAUUUGUAAAUUGCAGAGCAGAAUCAGUUUUGGGUACAGUGCAGCAAUUGCAUUCGCAGUUGGAGUCGAUUGUGGGUAUAGCCCCGAGAACCCGCCAUGAGCCACCACCUUUGGCUGCUCCCCUGUGGAAAACGGAAGAGGAACAUCAGAGUUUGCCAUACGGAGCUUCCUUUGGCUGCCCCAGCGUCGCCUGGGGGUGGUGCGUCGCCUGGAGGCGGUGCUUCGCCUGAGGGUUCUGCGCUUGCUGCUGAAGUUGCAUGGAUGAACAAUAGAACCAAAAGCAAACUCCUUGUCAUCUUCGUCUGCUAUUCCUUGCUGUGGGGAAAAGAAAGUAUGCAUUGUUAUUUGCAUAUAUUGCUUGCCUGUUCCUAAUUACUACGUCUAUCAAACGAUCUCUCCGUCAAAAAUUUCGUCGUUGAUUCGGAAGAAAGCAGGAUCGAGAUUAUGAGUUAUCAUGUCAUGAAAUGAAAUCUUUUGAAAACGAAACUUACUUUCCAAUUUUCUGCAACGUCCACCAGAUGGACGUUCCUUGUCAAGUUUCAACUUCAAACCCCCUGAAACACUGUUUGGGGGAUCCAAAUCCUGAGCCAAAAUGCAGGAAAUUUUGUUGGUUUCUUACAGCGAAUCGGAGCUCGAAAAUUGCUACAGAAUGAACAGUGUUCGAAGCUUUCUUCGUUGAUUCUCAGGACAACAUCAUGUAUUCAUAAUAAAAACACUCAUAAAACUUCCG